GAGAUGAAUCUCCUCAAGACUGGCACUCAGAGAGCCACGCCGGCAUCCUCCUGGCUCGUGACAUUCAGUGUUCUGUGGCUUGGUAGUCAGAACUGCUGCAGAGCCAGCGCAGUUUGGACUGCGUACAUGAACAUCACCUUUCAUGUGGGGCAUCGCGUGCUGUCAGAGUUGGGGGAAACGGGAGUCUUUGGAAGAAGCUCCACUUUGAAGAGACUGGUGGGGGUGAUUGUGCUGCCAGAGGGAAAAACGCAAAAUGCAUGCAGUCCCAACACCAAUUUCAGCAGGCCACAGAACUCCAAGACGUGGCUGGCGCUUGUGGAGCGGGGCAGCUGUCCCUUCACACAGAAAAUCAAGGUGGCCGUUGAGAAGGGAGCCAGUGGAGUGAUCAUCUAUAACUUCCCGGGGACUGGCAACCAGGUGUUUCCCAUGACUCAUCAGGCGUUUGAAGACACCGUUGUGGUGAUGAUUGGCAACCUGAAAGGCACAGAGAUUCUGCACCUAAUUCAGAAGGGCGUUCACGUGACCGUCAUGGUUGAGGUGGGGAGAAAACACAUCAUCUGGAUGAAUCACUAUUUUGUCUCCUUUGUGAUUGUCACGACCGCUACUUUAGCGUAUUUCGUCUUUUAUCAUAUCCGAAGAGUUUGGGUAGCAAGGAGUCAGAACAGGAGGUGGCAGCGAUUAGCAACCAAUCUGAAGAUGGCAUUUGGCCAGCUCGAGCUCCGGGUCCUGAAAGAGAGGGAUGAGGAAGUAGGUCCACACGGAGAUAGCUGUGUAGUUUGCUUUGAACUCUAUAAGCCUAAUGAUACAGUUCGCGUUCUGACCUGUAAACAUUUCUUCCACAAGAAUUGCAUUGACCCCUGGAUUCUAGCCCAUGGGACAUGCCCCAUGUGCAAAUGUGACAUUCUUAAAGCGUUGGGGAUUCAAGUAGAUGUUGAAGAUGGAAGAGAAUCGUUGCAAGUCCUCAUGUCAGAUGAAUUGCCUGGUAUCGUAUCACCCCGCGAAGAGGAGACAAAUAAUGAACUUCCUGCUGCCAGAAGGUUAGAUAAAGUGACCCAUGUGGAGGAGGCGAGGGAGGAGCACCCCACUUCUCCGAAUGCCAGCCCGUCUAAUGCAGGAGCAGCAGUUUGA